CUCGGACGCUGGCAACUCUGACAACAACAACUCUGACACAAGACUAGUGUGACAAGCCCUACAGAUAGGAACAAGAAUGACCGUUCUCAAGAUUAUCACGCUUUCUAUGGUUAUUGUAAAUCUAACUUUGGUCAAUACUCAAGAAGACAAUCCUACUGGUAGUACGGAAAGUUGCACGUGUUCAGGUCUACCUGGAAUACCUGGAAGAGAUGGUCUACCUGGUCGUGAUGGAAUUCGUGGCGAUCCUGGUAUUUCAGGCAUUCCUGGGAAAAGAGGUGGAAAAGGCAAAAAAGGAGAUAUUGGGCCAACCGGACCCAAAGGUCGUAAAGGAAAGGGUAAACCUGGCAGACCCGGUCCAGCAGGUUCAAAAGGAGGUAGAGGAGACGUUGGACCAGCUGGAAUCAAAGGUGCUAAAGGAGAGGCUGGAACUCCUGCUCGUGAUCCAACAGGUACGAGUGGUGUUACUUACAUUCAAUGGGGAAGGAAGAAAUGCUCGGCUCAUGGAGUACACACUCUCUACUCUGGAGUCGCUGCUGGAUCAAAAUGGAGUCAAGGCGGAGGUGGAGCUAACACUCAGUGUCUUCCGCUUGAUCCUACAUGGGGAAAUUACAGAAGCGGUAUUCAAGGAGCAAGUUACAUUUAUGGAGCAGAGUAUGAAUUUGAUCAAGAAAUUUAUCUGUUUAUCAACAGAGGGUUACAUGACCACGAUGUUCCUUGUGCUGUGUGUUACGCUGCCACUAAGAACACUCAGUUCAUGUUACCAGCAAAAAACAUCUGUCCCAGUGGAUGGAGUAGAGCAUAUUAUGGAUAUCUCAUGGCAGAACGAUAUAGUCAUUCAGGAAGAAGCAUGUACCACUGUGUCGACUACAACGCAGAGGGAACAGUUGGAAGUAGCUCUGAUAACGAUGGUAAUGCAUUUUACCCUGUUGAGGCUGUAUGUGGAUCACUUCCUUGCCCUCCCUACGUCCAUGGUCGAGAGCUGACCUGCUCUGUGUGUCUCAAGUAAGCGGCGAGAACAGUUCAAGUGGUAACAUAAAACCACAACACAACAAUAAUAAGAUGCAUAUGUGCAUGCACUAAAUAUCUUUGCAGCUAAAACAGUAUGAACGCAAUAAUUCACUUG